AUGUUUGCAACUGCUCGAGAGUUGCGCGACAUCAGCGGGGCUGGAGAGCGGCCUUCGUGUUCGCUGUGCCUGAGAUGGGGCAUACUCUGUGGAUACACUGUGCCAGCCUCGAGCCGCCUCGAGUCCGUAUCCUUCGCUCCAUUCCCCGUCCCCUUUUUACCAACUUCAUCUACUCUGCUCCGAGAUUUCCAAGAACAAGCUGCCCCGGAAUCUUUCCAGUUUCUAGGAGUAGACUUGGACACCUCGACCGACUUCAGCACAGUCACAGAACAACAGCUCGGCUAUUCAUUACCCAUUUCUGACUUGAGCUCUUUUCCUGCCGAUCUUGGUGUAGGCCUCGAGGGCGAUGCACCGUCGUAUAUCAUUCUUCCCACAGAUGACGUCUUGAUCGAACUAAUCGACUUGUUUUUUGACCACAUCUAUCACAUCCUCCCUUGUUUUCACAAGAGAAGCUUCAUGACGAAGAUACGAGAAGGUAGCCUCCAGGCUGAGUCGCCGAUGUUACUCAGUGCGAUGUGCGCCAUUGUCGCUCGGCGUCACCACGAUGCUUCUGUCAGGAGCUGGCAGAAUGAAUGGUAUGAGUUUGCGAGACGCGAAUAUAACGAUACUACGAGGCUUCCGAGUCACUCGCUACGUGGACUCCAGGCUGCUGUAUGUAUCAUGAUCCACGCGUAUACUAUUGGGGACUUCUCCACUGCCUGGCUCGUUCUUGGCAAGGCGUGGAGGCAGAUAUGUGCCCUUGGAUUUAAUCGAUUAGAUGCGGACGAUUGGAAGCCAUACGGACUGCCUGAUAGUAGGCCACAAACCGACGUCGAGAAAGAAGAGCUCAGGAGAACACUCUGGCUGCACUUUGUCAUGGACAGAAACCACAGCUGGCCUACAGGCUGGCCGCAUGCGAUUGACGAGCGACAGUUCAUGGUCGCCAUUCCUGUAUCUGAGAAUAUAUUCCAGGCAAUGAGUCCAGUUGUAUCAUAUGGCGACAACGCUAAGCCAACCCCAUUCACACGAAGGCUGAACAUACUUCUUCUCUCGCAGCCUACUCCCUCCCAUUCCAGCAACGUCUUCCACUAUCUGGUACUCUCCCACGUCCUUUUAGGUCGCGUAACGGAAACAAUUCACUCUCUUCACGAUUCUCCAGGGUCGUCUGAAUAUGCCGAAGAAUGUGAUGGGCUUGCCUCUUCCAUUGCCAUAUUCCGACUCAGUCUUCCUCGGACCAUGACGUCCUUAUUUGAAGCGCCCGCAGAAGAACGCGGCCAGAUCAUUUGGCUCGGGAUGAGUGUGAACACAACGUCGAUACUUUUGCACUACUGGUCCGCAGGAUACCUUGACGAAGAUGCAGCCAACGAGCAGUUUUCCCGUGCCGUGAUCGCGGCAAAGAAUACGGUCCAAAUAGUAAAGGACGCGUCUUCCAUCUCCACAGAACUUCUGCUGUCGGCGCAUGUUGCUGCGUCACUAUACAUCGCAGCAUGUGUCCUCAUCAUACAAUGGCGCAUGACGAACAAUGACAACCUCAAAGAUGACAUUGAUACUAUCGGUCUUGUCUUCGAUCGGUUCAGCGAAGUCUUUACGUUCAUUGGUCUCAAAUUCAAGAUUGGUCUCGAACACGACCUCCAGAAAGAUAUGGAGAACAUUGUCGAGUUGAGGACCAAGGGACUUAAAGGGCUGUUAGCUGACUGUAGCAAGUGGACGAAUGUUCAAGAGACUCUUGAUGCUAGAGGCAUACAGGUGAACAUCACAUGA